CUACGUCCUCAUACAAAACUUGUGUGUCGGUCAAAGUUGUGGCGUGGAGAUUUCAGAGAAGGUACCGACAACUGGAGCUUACUUUGUUUUUUAGCGACGCAGAAGUUGGGGUGAACUUUGCGCGAACGGACGUCAAAACUGAUGUCCCCCGGCGGCUGAAGAUGUCCGGAGCGACACGGUAUGAGAAAAUAACUUCACAUUGUGCCUCUCCGCCGGAGCCAUGGGUGUCAAGCCCUGCGGUAUUUUCUGACUGACAACAGCGACUACCGCUGCUGCUCCUUACUUUUUUAGCAUGCCACGCAGGCAGCUAACUUCUCCAAAGAAAGGCAAACCCAGAAGUGGCCCUCACAGCAUGACACUUUGACGUUUUCUGCAUUUUCACGCCGAUUUCCUUUGAUUAAAAACAAACAAACAAGCAAGCUCAACAAUGAUGAAGGUUAGGAGAUACUUAAGGGGGAGUGGGAGGGUACUCGCGUUUGUGUUCAUUGCCUCUGUCAUCUGGCUGCUGUUUGACAUGGCUGCACUCCGCAUGUCAUUGAACGACGUGAACAGUCAGCUGCUGAAGGAGAGCGUGAUAAGAGAAAGGGAGAUUUUCAAGCAGCAGUCCAGGACCACACAGCUGACGAAGAGGGGCUUUAAACACCCGGUCGAGAGGGUGGACCUGGAUGGGGCACAAGCUGGGAAAGGACCACUCGGUCCAGGCGGCAAACUAGCCCAAGUGUACAGACAAGGAGGCAAGAGAAAAGACCAAAAGUUGUGGGAUAAAAAGUUAGAGGGAGAUGAACUUUCCAAGACUGUCAAACCUAAGUAUGUCCCCCCUGAAGGUAAAGAUAAUGUCCCACCAAAGCAGGAUGUCCCUGCAAAGAAAAAGGUAGUAAACUUGGAUCUGAAUGAGACAAAAUUCAAGGAAAGUAAUGUCAUAGAUGGCUCUAAUAAAAUCAUGUUGCCUGUAGCAGAGUCUAAUAAAACCCUGGUGCUACCUGGUGUUCAGGAAAACAAACAUGCUUCACUACCAACGUCAAAGAAGGGACUCUUAAAAGCUGGUGAGCAAAGCGAUUCAAAGGCAAACGAAAAAGUCAAAGAUGAACCCAAGAGCAAGACUGGAACAAAAGAGGGCCAGUCUGAGGCAGAGGAGGCACGCCCUGUUAAAGCAACAUCCAAACCUCCACAGAAGGAUGUAAAUGCCGAGCACGUAACUGAUAAAGCAGGGGAGAAACAUGUUGAGAGGAUGGGCGAGAGCGACGUGAAUCCAGUGAAGGAGAUCCCGAAACCAGCAGUCAAGACCCAGGCGGGAAACAACUCUGAAAGUAACUCAAAAGGGAAGUCAGGUGUCCAUAAAGUGCUGGCUCUGGAUGCAACUCUUUCUCCCAGAAAUCCCAACGCUGUGGGUCAGUUUGGUCAGGCAGCACUCGUUUCCAGCAACGAAGACACAGAGGUGAGGAAGAGAUGGGACGAAGGGCAUUUCAAUGUCUACCUGAGCGAUAAGAUCCCAGUGGACCGCGCCAUCCCGGACACCAGGCCAGAGAUGUGUGCACAGAAUCUGGUCCACGACGACUUGCCCUCCACCAGUGUGAUUUUCUGUUUCGUGGAUGAAGUGUGGUCCACACUCAUCCGCUCUGUGCACAGUGUGCUUAACAGAUCGCCGCCACACCUCCUCAAAGAGAUCAUUCUGGUGGAUGAUUUCAGCACCAAAGCCAAUCUGAAGGAGCCGCUGGAUAAGUACAUGUCCCAGUUCCCCAAAGUGCGAAUCGUCCGUCUGAAGGAGAGGCAGGGCCUGAUCAGAGCCAGGCUGGCUGGAGCUGCUGUAGCCGAAGGUGAGGUUCUUACCUUCCUCGAUUCCCAUGUUGAAUGUAAUGUGGGCUGGCUGGAGCCGCUGCUGGAGCGAGUGUAUCUGGAUCGCAAGAAGGUGCCCUGUCCAGUUAUUGAAGUCAUCAGUGAUAAGGACAUGAGUUAUAUGCUGGUUGACAACUUCCAGAGAGGUAUUUUCAAGUGGCCUUUGGUGUUUGGCUGGAGCGCGAUACCAGAUGAGUACAUUAAGAAGCACAACAUGACAAUCUCAGAUCCCAUCAGGUGUCCAGUUAUGGCUGGAGGCCUGUUCUCCAUAGACAAGAAGUACUUCUAUGAGCUUGGUGCCUAUGAUCCUGGCCUCGAUGUGUGGGGUGGGGAGAACAUGGAGAUUUCAUUUAAGAUCUGGAUGUGUGGAGGGGAAAUCGAGAUCAUCCCCUGCUCUCGAGUGGGUCACAUCUUCCGAGGACAGAAUCCUUACAAAUUCCCCAAGGACAGGCAGAAGACGGUGGAGCGUAACCUGGCGAGGGUGGCGGAGGUCUGGCUGGACGAGUAUAAGGACCUCUUCUACGGUCACGGGUACCAUCACUUGGUGGAAAAAAAGGCCAUGGUCAUCGGCAACCUCACCGAUCAGAUCGAGCUGAGAAAGAGGCUGAAAUGCAAGAGCUUCAAGUGGUAUCUGGACAACGUGUAUCCAGAUAUGAAGGCUCCCUUAGUUAAAGCUGAAGGCCUAAUCCUUAACCGUGGCUUAAGGAAAUGCCUCAGUCUGCAGAAAGGCUCUCUGCUGUUUGAGACUUGUGAUCUCAGCAAGCAGAGUCAGCACUUUAAUUACACCUGGAUGAGAAACUUUCGCCAGCAGGACGUAUGUGUCGCUCCCCAAAGCAAGGGCAGCGGCUUUGCUUUACAGGAAUGUGACAACACAAGGGCUGAACAACGCUGGUUCCACAAAUCGUCCAACUCUGCUCUGGCGGAGCACCUUAUAGCAGAGUUUGUGUCCCACCACAUGUGCCUGGAGGCGGGGCCUCAGGGCGACACUCUUCGCCUGAACCCCUGUGAAACCAGCAAUGCCUUCCAAAAGUGGCAGUUCACACACUACUACACUCUGUGAUGAGACUUGAGGAAAGAGUUGUAUCUGACAGAACACAGACUGUGGAGACCUCACACUACAGGACAAGACUACACUGACUGUCCAGAGGAGGUGGGAAGCACCUUGGUGGCAGUUUAUGAGUGGUGUAAAGCGGAGGGGGUAGGGAUGUGCAAUGUUUCUAAUGUCCUUUUAUCAUGUCAGCAUGGACUGACUUUGAGUUUGAACGCUAGUGCCCGAGGAAAGAGGGAAUCUUCUCUUUUUCUUUUAUAAAGAGUUUGCUCUACACUGGCAUGACUAAAGGGCUUCAGAUGAAUGUCUGUGGAAGAACACUCCAUCUUGUCAGUUCUUGAGCUCAACAUCAUGUUACAGCCAAAGAUUUAAAAAAAAAAAAGUGCCUCAUAAAUUUGAGAUGUAAAAAGUGUUUUUUUUUGUGCUUUUGUUUGCUUUGCAGGGACUGAAUAAUGACUUUGAUUGCAUGUAAUUUAGAAUUUAUUCACUUGUAUGGAACACAGAUGUCAUCUUUUCCAGAUGUCACAGACUAUUUUUGAUGAGGCACUUUGGGUGAAACAGCUGCUUCUCUGAUUUUAAACAAUGAAUUAUGUAGGUGAAGGUUCUGUUGUGAAAAAUGUCCUUGUUUUGUAUGAAUUUCUCCUCGUCACUAGAGGGAAGUGUUGGUUCAAAAUACCCAAUAAAUCUGUGCUGUGAUUUCAA